AUGGCCGCCAGCGGGACGCGCUUGGCGCAGGAGGCGCUCGGCAACGCGCCGGGGAGGAAACGGCCUGCCCUCGCCUCCUUCUCCGCCUUCAGCUUCGUCCCGCCCAAACGGGAAGGGCCUCCGGAGCUCAGCUAUUACAGCCGGCCGCACAAGACAGGAGAUUUUUUCACCUAUGAUGCUGUUUUUGGAAUACCAGAAGGUUACGACCAAUAUCUUCCACGAUGUGACAGAAAACACGCAAAGGCUCGUGACCUUAAAAUUAAUGAGGAGGAAAUGGCAAGACCUGUUCCUGUGCUUACAUCUUCAGAGUAUGGGAAGCGCUUACAUAUGCUCUUAGACCCAGCAACCGGAGAGCAUGCAAGGGUUAAUAGCGUGCACGCAGCAAUCUACGGGGAAGGCAGCCGCCCUGCUCAUUGAAAAAACCUUCUCCAGGCCUGGAUCCCUGGGUAAUCUCUUGUAUCUGUCAUUUCGAGCAACAUUUAUCUGGAGAACAACCUAACACUUUGAAAAGCAAUACGGUGCUUUUGCCUUUUCCUCUACAGUUUAUCUAAUGAGAAUUAUCUGGAUUAAAAAUAGGGUGAAAUAGCA